AUAAACAUCUCAAACGUUAAAAACCUUAAAUCUAAAACGUUAAAUUUAUUAUAAACUUGAAUCAAAUUUAUUAUAUUAAUUUAUAAUAUAUAAAGCAAAGUAUUAUAUGUAUAUAUAUCCUAUAUUGAAAAUGUUAAAAACGUUAAGUGCGUAUUGUACACAUGUGUAAUUGCAUAGUUUGAAAGAAAAAGUUUAUUUGUGCAUGGUGUACGUUUUAUUUGAAAAAAAAAUAUAAUCCUCUGAAGUAAAUAUUUAUGCUAAUCUGUAGCUAUGGAAUUCGCUUGGGUAAGAUUCCAUAAAAGUAAAGUAGAAACUUGUUUGAAAGUUUCUGAUAUUUCAUCAAAAGUCAUGCUACCUAAUGGAGUACCACAAAUUGUUCCCUUCCGUCCAAAAGAUGAAAAGGAUUUUGUUAGUGCAAAGUGGUAUUUCGCUCAAGCAAAUCCUGAAAAUCACAAAAAUGGAAAUCCGAUAUUGUCAAGAUUAGUUAUUUUGUAUUUGGGAGUUACACAGGAUGAUAUUGAUUUGAAAAGAAAAGCUGACGGUGACGGAAGGAAAAGAUUUGCUACACCAAAAUGUAUGAACUCACAAUCCAGUUUUGAAGAUCCUUCUCAGUGCUCGCAAAACACAUCACAAAGCAAAAAAAUUAAUAAUGAAAGAGCCAAAAACGUUUUGAAGAGAAUAGAUAACUAUUUCGAAGUACCACCAUUUCGUGAUCUUGAAGAAAAUAAUGUGACAGCAAAUUCUGGUACUUCCUCAGUAAUGAAAAGUGCAGUAGUAGUUUUAGAAAAAUUGGCAUCCGAAAAUAAUAUGAUAACCGAUCAGCCAUCCUCCCCAGAAUCACCAUCGCUACUUGCAACUCGAAAGAGAAAAAUGUCAAAACCAGGCGAUGUGAAUUCAAAGCCACCACAGGCAUCUGGUUCUUAUGUCAAAGUACCACAAUCCAAAAAACCAACUAUAUCACCGUCAUCAUCUGAAUCAGAAACAGAAUCAUAUGAUUCACUGCGUCUCGACUUGUUUUAUAAAUACAAGCAACCUCAAGAAUCUUCAAAUAAUCCAGAUGGUCAGUUAUCACCAAUUCAAAGCUUUUCACCUGAAUCUCAAAAAAGUACACCACGAAGGAAUACACCAUCUCCAAACUUAUCUGAAAAUAUAUCACCUGAACACACACCACCACCUGGUCGACCUUUGUUUACGCCAUCUCCUUCACGAAGUCAGGUGAUACAACCACAAGAUGCACCAGGUGAACGGCAGCCACCAGUGCGAAAUGAGGUUAGGGAUUCCCGAGAUGCACCAGGUGAUGUACCACAGCCACCAAUACGAAAUGAAAUUGAUGGAGAACCCCAAGACGCAGCAGAUCAAGAACAGCUACCGAUUCAAAAUGAAGAUAUAAUAGAAGUUCAAGAUCCAGUAAAUAGAGAGCAGCCUCAAAAUGGACACCAGUCGCCACCUCAGAAUGAACCAAGGCCAAGACGUAUCAAGUAUUAUAAAAUGACAGAAUAUGUCAAAAAUUGCGUGGAAUACUACGCUAAGAGAGGAGAACCUGGUAAUCGAGAAAUGCGGAGGCGAUAUAAUAUAGCAUUUGGAAAUGAGCUGUACCUUGGAGAGGAUAUAUCUGUUAAUUUACUGCAGUGGGAACUUUUGCAAAGGCAUAAGCCACAAGUAUUCCUGAUAGAAUUGGCUGUGCUUAUUUGGGGAGAAAGGAAUUUAUGUAACAGAGCAUUGGACUUGACCCGAGGGGUGGAGAAUAUUCCUAACAGGUCACCAGUGAAGUUAAUUGAAAAAGAUAUAUUACGAUUGCUAAUAAGCCUCUACAAUGACUUUCUUAAUAACCACAAGUAUCCAAGUGACGAGAAAGCAUCUUAUUUGCUACGGGCAACUCAUGUUUUGAGACAUAAAAUAAGAGAUCUGCGUGCUGCAGAGAAAAAUAAAUUUCAGCUACCAAAUGUCAACGCUCAAAGACGUUUAAGAUAUAACGUCAGAGAUUAAUCUUAUUUAACAGAUUUUCUUUUUUAAAAUGUCAUCUGUAUUCAGUUAAGUUUCUUAUUUUAUAGGAGCUAUUUAAAUCGAAGUAUAUUAUUUUGUUUCAAGAUCAACUAGUCGAAGAAACGCUAGUCCUAGUAGAGAUCACUACUAAAAAUCAAAAAUAUAACAUGAGUUCAGUCACAUUUCUUACUUUCUAGUAGUGAUUUCAAUUAAAAUAUAAACUUUUUGUUUCGAGGUUCACUAGUCGAAGAACCCUAGUCAAAAAUUGACGUUUUGUAAGUUUAGGAUUACAAAAAUGAAAAAAUCACAAUACUUUGAUAGGCAGUUGGAGAACUGAUUAAAAUGAUUAAAAAUUAUUUGAGCAGAGGCAUUAUUGUUAACCUAAAUGGAUUUUAGCAUUUUUAUCAUUUUAAUCGUUUCUUGUCCUUACCUGUUAUCAAAGUAUAAUCAUUAAAAGAAUUUGUGAUAAAAUAUUAU